AUGGCUUCCGUUCUCAAGUUCGCUGCUGCCGGUCUUUUGGUUGCCUCUGCAGGCGCUGUUCCCUCCAAACAGCUUCGCUCUUCAUCCUUGCAGAAAAGGUCCAGCUCUGGCAAGGCCGGUGCUGCCUACAACGAUGCUUCUCUCGUCUCGGCUCUGAUCGGCGAUUCUAGCGAUAUCUCGUGGGCCUAUAACUGGGGCUGUGGAAGCUAUGCCGACUUGCCUUCUGGUGUUGAGUACGUGCCCAUGCUCUGGGGCGCCAGCAGCACUUAUCUCGACGCAUGGACUUCGGAAAUUGAGUCGGCCAUUUCAGAUGGUAGCACCUACAUCAUGGGCUUCAACGAGCCGGAUAUGUCCUCCCAGGCCGAUCUGAGCGCCUCCGAAGCCGCCUCAUACUACAAGGAGUACAUCACGCCCUACGCCGGUAAAGCAACGCUAGUGAGCCCUGCUGUCACUUCCUCGUCCAGUUCUGGGGAAGGUCUCGAUUGGUUCGAGUCCUUUAUCAGCGACUGCUCUGACUGCAGCGUGUCAGUUCUCGCCGUCCACUGGUAUGGAACUUCUGUUAGCGAGCUCCAGGCUUUCAUCACCGAAGCGAUCGACACCGCCUCCAACUACGGUAUCUCCGAGGUCUGGCUUACCGAAUUCGCCCUGAGCUCGGAUGAAGGUGGCAUCUCGGACUUGUCCACUGCCACCUCCUUUGUCGAGGAAGCCGGCACGUGGCUUAACGAGCAAUCUGCACUUACGCGCUAUUCCUACUUCUACGUCGCUAAUGGAUAUUUGCUCACGGAUGGCGUGGCUAACUCGGUUGGUGACGCUUACAACUCUGCGGCUUCAUCUUCGUCUUCGUCUUCCUCCUCGUCCGUCUCAUCAUCGAGUACAACAUCUACCUCCACAUCGACAUCUGUCUAUGUGGCUCCAUCCACGACGACUUCGUCGAGCACAGAAUCCACAUCCACGUCCUCAUCGACCUCUAUCUAUGUGGCUCCACCUACGACUACAGCAUCCACCUCCACAUCGACCUCUAUCUAUGUAGCUCCAACCACGACUACUGCGGCUUCCGGCUCUGAGACAUUCAAUACCAACAACGAUUCCACUUCGGAGUCGUCCGCAGAGGCAUACGAUGCUCCGCAGGCUACGACUACGAGUGUGGCUACAUCUACAACACCUUCUACGUCAAUCACAACCGUCACUAUCACACAAAAGGUGACGGUGACCGCGCCCUGUGUGCCAACCCCGCCGCCCUGCCAGCUAUCUUCCUCGGUGCCGACGCCAUCGUGGUCGUCGUCAGGCUUCAUUACACGGACAGCAGUGGUACCAACUUCAACCUCCGCUCUUUAG